AUGUUCUGGAAAUAUGGCGGCUACGCCAAUGUGUCGCCCAUCAACUCGCUCCUUGAUAAACCCGACGUUAAGGUGGAGGACAUUCUCGACGAAUCGGACCUAAUGCAGGAGCUUAAGCAACAUAAUACAAGAUUGAUAGAGUAUUUACGUGAUGACCAUGUUUUGAGGAGAUUGUUUGAUAUCAUUAUCUCCCCAAGUCUUAUCGACGAUGACGACCACAAUGAUUAUGAUAAUAAUGAAGAGGGGAUUGAAACGAAGCCUGACGAGGACAAGAAAGAACCAGAGCCUACGGAAGAAGCUGAUGAAGGCCAAAUCCAGCUUUCGGAGUUCCCCAAAAUAUCGCCAAAGGCGAGCCGCGAGCCUAAAAACCUAGAGGAGGCGGAAAAAAAUCGGCUAAAGUACGCAUAUAUUGCCUCGGAGGUAUUGUCGUCGCCCUCAUGGUCGGUCAUUGAAGCCAUGGUGGAAAAUGAGGAUGCUCUGCGAAGCUUUUGGCAAUAUAUGUUCAGAAAAGGAGAUUUGGAUUCUGUGCAAACGAGCUACUUUGUAAAAGUCAAUGAAGUAUUGUUGGACCAGAAGACGGACGUUAUGCUUGCCUUCAUAAUGACUAUGGACAAUGUCAUUCCGAUGCUACUGCAACAUGUUGACAACCCAUUGGUUAUGGAUCUGGUCUUGAAGAUAAUCACUUUGGACAAAAUCGACGAGCAAAAUGUAACAGAGUGGCUCCAAACCCAGAACCUUAUCCCCACUUUCCUAUCAUAUAUCUCGCAUGAAUACCCACCUUCCACUCAGACAGCCGCUGGUGAUUUGCUAAAAGCCAUUGUGACGAUAUCUGCAAAUGCUGCGCAAAAUGAACAGCCAUGUAUAGGGCCCAACAGCUUGACUCGGCAAUUGGUAUCUGAGCCAUGCAUACAGACACUAAUAUCGGCCAUGAUUCAGGGCGGGAACCCUCUCACGGUUGGAGUUGGUAUCAUUAUCGAUAUUAUCCGCAAAAACAACCCUGACUAUGAUCCCGAGAUGGCAGAAAAUCGCAAUGCUACUCCGACCACCCAUGACCCAAUAUACCUCGGUACCAUGUUGAAGGCAUUCGCCAGCCAUGUUCCGCAAUUUAUGGAAUUAAUGAACAAAAAAAGUAGAUCGGAGGCUUCUCAGCUUGACACCGCAUGGGGAGAAACCAUUGAGCCGCUUGGAUUUGACAGAUUUAAGACCUGUGAGCUUAUGGCCGAAUUACUGCACUGCAGUAAUAUGUGUUUACAUAAUGAACCUGGAAGCCAUGGAGAUAUGCAGGCCCGAGACCUCGAGAGAGAACAGCUGCGAGCCGAAGGGUUCCACAACAAUCAAGAAGACGAGUCAGGCUUUGUGUAUGCAGAUGGUACAAAUGGCGCCCAGGCUUCGGCCAUGGACACCUCCUCUCCUGAAGAAUUCAGAAAACCGGAGACUGCCAACACCGGAGAAGAUGAUGCAUUCGAAGAGAUCACCUCAUCCGGCGUGCUUGUUGACAGAGUUAAGGACUCUGAGAGCGACGGCAAAUCUACUGCUGACACGUUCACAAACGUUCCAAAGCUAGGCCUUGGAGACGACUUCGUCGACGAACCACUAACGCCUCCGAAUCAAACCAGUACGCCCGACAAUGACAACUCUAAGACUGACAGUGGAAAAGCUACCGUCCCCGAGUCCGUUGCAUCUCCGACGACAUCUAACCUAACAGAAAAAGUAGAAGACAUUCAGAUUAGCAAAGAAACGGAGGAUGCGGGAAAAGAAGAAAUAACUUCUAAACCAUCUGACUCGUCGGUAACUGCUGCAGGUGCGGAACAACCUCAAAUUUCCGAUACAAGAGAAACGCCAUCGACGCUACCGACACCAGAUAGCACCCCAACACUAUCAGAGGAAGAAAAUGCACACUCAACACCUCAAAACGAGCCCACGCCCGAAGAGUCCAAUUAUGACGCCGACCCAUAUAUCCAAAGAGAACCAGACGGCAAGCCGGUUGUUGGAGAUAAUAUGAAAAUAAUGUUCCACGAGCACAAAGUUGUGCCGACGGUAUUAUCUUACUUCUUCCGCUUCCCCUGGAACAACUUCCUUCAUAAUGUGGUCUAUGACAUUGUUCAGCAGCUACUUAACGGCUCAAUGGAGCAAGGCUUUAACAGGGCUCUAGUCAUCGAUUUGUUCGAAACUGCUCAAAUAACCACGCAAAUAAUCGAGGCACAACGACGCAGCGAAGAGUCUGAGGCUAAGCAUAAAAUGAGACUUGGUAACAUGGGCCAUCUAACGCUUAUUGCCGAAGAGGUUGUGAAAUUCAGUGAACGUCACCCACGUGAAGUGUUAUCACCGCAGGUUAUGGACAAAUUAACCCACCCUGACUGGAUUGACUACGUUGAGCAUGCUCUCUCGGAUACUAGGGAACGAGAAAAUGCCAUCCUAGGCGGCGUGAAGCCCGAUAUUACGAUGAGCCAUCGACAAGCGGUUCUAAAUGCCAUCAGCGCCCCCACGGCUCUCCAAGGUCCUUCAUCAGCAUUGGCUGAUGCUGGUCUUAAUGGAGGCUUCUCCAGCGGCUUUUCGUUGAAUAAUCUCAAUUUCGACAACCAAGCAUCGGCGUCCGGCGGUGCUUUCGGCUUCAAUAGCAACCUUAGCGGAACCGGAGUGUCUCUAUUUAGCGGCUUUGGCAGCUCGAGCGAUGACGAAGAUGAGGAUAUGGAAGAUCGGCAAGAUCAUCAUGAUUCCCAGACAAUUGGGUCAGGCCUUGCAAGCAUAUUCGACAACUCAGAGACUCAGCCCAUCCCAAUUCUUCCACCUCCCCCAGCCCCUCUAAGUACUGGACCGUCGCGUGCCCGACGCCAACUUGCGGCACGACUCGCUCUCCAAAAGCAACAAGCUCUCGAGGCGGCUUCCGGCUCCGCCGCCAAUGAGCAUCCAGAGCAGGAUGGUGAGAGCUCCCAUGGCAAUGCCGAUAAUCGAAGCGUGAACAGCACUGACGAUGUUUCAUAUGCAGCCUUUCCGACAGGAGAGAAUGGUUCAAGUAAACCUGUCCACGAUUCUUCAGGAACCUUACCUGAAGGUAUAAAGCCGCAGGGUUCCUUGUUUUCUGGUUUUCAGACAGUGAGCGGAUACUCGGACAGCUCAUCCGAUGAAGACGGUAGUCUUCCCAUGGAAAGCGUCGAACGGAAAUUCCGCCUCCCCGUGGAUGCAUUCGAUGACGACGAUGAAAUGGGCGAUAUGGUUGGGCCUUCGACCUCUUACUCCGAUGAAGACGACGAGACUAUAAUACAGGAAGCACUAGGCUAUUCAACCUUUUUAGGCUCCGGUCACACCCUCGAGGACACAGGUUAUCCAGAGGAGAGAGAACUUACCCCGGAUUCUGCGAGGGAUCAGGAUAACAGUGACGGAGAGGAUGAUGGUCUCGUGGAGAUAUUAGUACCUGGAAAGAGAUCGGUGACGAAUUAA